AUGAGAGUCGUUCAGGUCGUGCAGCCUAUGAUACCCGAAUCCGGUGCUGAGAGUCACGUACAGGUCGUGCACCCUGUAACACCCGAAUCCGGUGCUGAGAGUCACGUUCAGGUCGUGCACCCUAUGGUACCCGAAUACGGUGCUGAGAGUCAAGUUCAGGUCGUGCAGCCUAUGGUACCCGAAUCUGUUGCUGAGUGUCAAGUUCAGGGUGAGCACCCUAUGCUACUCGAAUCCGGUGCUGAGAGUCAAGUUCAGGUUCUGCACCCUAUGGUACCCGAACCCGGUGCUGAGAGUCAAGUUCAGGUCGUGCAACCUAUGAUACCCGAAUCAUAUGCUGAGAGUCACGUACAGGUCGUGGAGCCUAUGGUACCCGAAUCAUAUGCUGAGAGUCACGUACAGGUCGUGCACCCUAUGGUACCCGAAUCCUAUGCUGAGAGUCAAGUUCAGGUCGUGCAGCCUAUGAUACCCGAAUCCGAUGCUAAGAGUCAAGUUCAGGUCGUGCAACCUAUUAUACCUGAGUCCUAUGCUGAGAGUCAAGUUCAGGUCGUGCAGCCUAUAACAUCCGAACCCGGAGGUCUUACAUGCACCAACCAAUCAAUCUGGACGGAAAUAUUCCAGUUCAUGGAAUUAUUUCUCAAAUGA